AUGUCUUCCUCCGACUCAAAGCUCUUCGCGCCGUUUAAACUCGGUCAUCUCGCACUUCAGCACAGAAUCGCUCUUGCGCCUCUUACGCGCUGCCGUGCGAAUGACAUGCACGAGCACACUGAUCUUGCCGUCGAGUACUACGGGCAGCGCGCUAGUACGCCUGGUACGCUCAUGAUCACGGAAGGAACUUUCAUCUCUUCUCGCGCCGGCGGGUAUCCCAAUGUCCCCGGUAUAUGGAGCGAAGCGCAGAUUGCCGCAUGGAACAAGGUCACGGAUGCGGUCCAUGCGAAGGGCUCGUUCAUCGUACUUCAGCUUUGGGCACUGGGUCGCGCUGCGAUGCCCGAUGUUCUCAAGGCCGAGGGACAGGACUAUGUCGGCCCGAGCGCGAUCCCUAUGAACGAGGGUUGGCCCGUACCUCGCCCACUCACGGUUGAGGAGAUCAGGGAGUAUGUUAAGGACUACGCCACGGCUGCGGAUAACGCUGUGAAUAAGGCUGGCUUCGACGGUGUCGAGAUCCACGGGGCGAAUGGGUAUCUCAUUGAUCAGUUCACGCAGAGUGCUUCGAACAACCGUACGGACGAGUACGGUGGCAGUGUUGAGAAUCGGCUGCGGUUCGUCAAGGAGGUUGUUGAGGCUGUCACUGCAGCUGUUGGACAGGAGCGCACGGGCAUCAGGUUCUCGCCCUGGUCGAAGUUCAACUCCAUGCGCUCGGAGAACCCCGUCCCGACCUUCUCAGCAUUGAUCACCCAUCUGCGCGAUACCUAUGGCAAGUUGGCCUACAUCCACGUCAUCGAACCGCGCAUCGGUGGCGACAACGACGAGUCUGACUCGGCUCAAGAGCGCGAGUCUAAUGCCUUCGCGCACGAGAUCUGGGGAGAUCGCCCGAUUCUUGUUGCGGGUGGGUAUACACGCGAAACGGCGUUGAAGGCUACAGAGAAGGAUAAUGUGAUUGUCACGUUUGGACGCAACUUCCUUGCAAACCCUGAUCUCCCGGCGCGUCUGAAGGACAACCUGAAGCUCAACGCGUAUAAUCGCGCAACAUUCUAUACACCCGGCCCAGUCGGCUACGUCGACUAUCCAACCUCCGAGGGCAAGACGUCGUAG